AUAAAUCAACAGUUGCUCACUGAACCUGGUUCCAAAGGCGUCGCUCCGCGGUACAUAUAUCAAAGCUUGUUCGUGUGGACGCUGGGAUUGCUUCGUGUUUCAGUCUUGUGAUUGUAUAAUCGCCCGCGACGUGAUCAAGGCUGCGGCGCUCAGACGAACCGUGGCGAAAAGCAGCUCCUUGUUACUCAAGUUCAACGGUUUCGCAGAAACAAAAUUUCCACUUGAGUUUCUGUUUUUUAACGCUUUUAUUAUUAUUGCAAGCAAAUUAAGUCCGAAAUUUGAUGCAUUUUACUCAAAAACAUCUAUUCACUAACUUGUUACCCUUAUUUAAAAAAUAAAAAAAGAAAUCAUUGUCAGAUUCUCGGACUACGCAAAAAGUCUGUGAUCCUAAAGAAGGAUUUCAGAUCAGUAAACUAGAGUGUGACAACAUGCUCCUUAAAGCUCUGAUUUACCACCAGUCUUCUAUUUGUCCUGACAAUGCGUUGUACUUGAGUUUGGGCCUCGUUAUAAGAGAUAUUUCACUCCCGAUUUCCACACACCCUUUCUAUAUUGACUAAAAGAAGAAAAGAAAAAACAUUUUUAAAAAAGCAUCAAAAAAAAACUUUAAGUCUUUCAGUCGCAGGUGUGAUGGCUUACUUCUUAACCAUAAAACCAAAACAAAAACAGGCUGUUGGUCAAAGUCUAGGGCUCUUUACUUAAACCAAAUAAAGGACUACAGGAGGUGUCUUUGCUGCAGACUGACUGCGUCUAUUUAGCCUCAUUUACAGCCUUCAAGGCCUACCUGAGGUGGCGUUAAACAGUAUACUUCCACAGCCGCCCCCUUCCACCCUUGAUUGUUUACUUGUUGUCUGAUGAGGUUUUAUGGCGCACGGCUAUGCAUUUUCCCCCCAAUGACUAAACCAAUGGGAUUUCCUCAGCCCUAAAAGAUGGCUUCCAGCUAUUUGAAGUUCAUUUCCUGCGCAAUCGGACUGUUUAAUCUAGAUGCAUCCAGAUAAGCCCGUCGACCUAUCUGUGGUUAUGUCACUUCUUGCAUUAAGCGCGUUGCCAAACGGGAUUAAGAGUGCCUCCCUGAUGAAAAAAAGACAAAAAACAAAUAAAAAUAAGAUUAAAAAAAAGAAAAGAAAGAAUUAUUAUUAUUAUUAUUAUUAUUAUUAUUAUUAUGCAGUUAGUUAUUGCCAAAACAAAAACAUUUCAAGAAUUUUGGUUGCAUUUGUAUGCAUUUGACUACUAUUUGAAUAAAAUGACAUUUAUGUGUGAAUGUCUUUUAAUAGCAUGGUGAGCAGAACUAUCUUAAGUAUUUUCUUAUUUAAUUAUUUAGUUUUUUUUUUGUUUUUUUGUUUUUAAAGUCGUCCUAAUGAUAUCCACUCUUGUUGGUGGGCAUGCUUACAUCGAAGUUGAAGUUCUACGCUCACACUUUCAAAGCGAUCUGGUAACAUAAAGCCUGAGUGGAUGCGGGGGGUGGGGGAGAGCGGGGGGGCAAUUUAAUGGAACUCCAUCCGGGGCACGCUAGGCCCUUUGCUCUCUCUUGUGAAAGACCCUUUUCCUCCCCCGAACUUGAAGUCGACCGUACAGACAAAGCUUUGGCUUUGAGAGCUUUUUUUUUUUCCCCUCUUUUUUUUCACACACACACACACACACACACACACACACACACACACACACACACACAGCGCCAGACUGCAGGCCUGCUGAAAAACGGAACCAGCUCGCUGGGAUCCUCAAAAAAGACGUUAUUUUAAUAAAAAACACAUUUGUCAUAAAACGGACCGAAGCUUUGCCCCCCCCCCCCCCCCCCCCCCUCACCGCCCCCGUUUUUAAUAAAGCUACAAUUAUUUGGAUUAUUUCAUGGACAUUUGCAUUAGAUGUACGCCUGUUUAAGCAGGAGAAGACGUCUUACCUUAGCUGAGCGCAGACAAAUGUUAAUAUAAUUUUUGAAAUUCCCCAGCUGCUGACUUUGACUUCGCGUAGGUGGCGACUUCCCAUCACGCCUGGCCAGUUUUGUGGUGUCUGUCUGGCUCUGAGGAGGGGGGGAAGCCAAGCAGAAUACUAUAGCAGCUAUAAAAACGCAGGUCUGUGCAGAACUGGCUUUAGUUUUUUUUUCUUUUCUGGGCAUCCUGUCCUCAAUUACAGCUUAAAAGCUCCAGCACAAGUCGUAGAAUUGGUCUGUAGUGACCCAGAGAGGCGGAGCGUGUGGCCGCAAAGAUACCCAAAUCGUUUGAGUACCCCGCAAUUUAAUCAAAUAAAGUCCUCUCUUUAAGCAGGAGCGUAACAUCAUGUGGUUUUUGCGUGUUUUUUUCAUAGACUCACAUGAGGCGUCUGUGGGCGCUCUGGCUGUAUUAGUCAGUCUGUAUAUUUCAAGGUCGUGUUUCAGAUGUGUCACUUAAAUCCGUGUGUGCGCCAUCGGGCACUAGGGUCCAGACCAGCCGCAGCGAUCUUAAUCCUAGCUCAGGUCUCUCAUUCACAGCACAUUAGAGUCAGGUUGCAGCUUUUCUAAAACAGGCUUCAUGGUGGCCCCCUGAGCGGAGUAGAACAGGGCGGAAUGGCCUGUGUGGCAUGUUUACCAAAUUAAACAGCAGAAAUGCAUCUAGUCUCAGCACAUUUACCGCCUCUACUUCUUCUUCUACUUCCAUUUGCUGAAUGCGUGCAUUGUCUGUUUGCCACUCCAAGAGAAUUUUUUUAUUUGUUUUGUUUUUUUUUUUGUUUUUUUUUUUAAAUAUGAGUGAUAGCUAAAAGGCAUCUGAUGUUGCAGGUGUAUAUUUUAAUUUUAACUUUAAAAAUAAAACAGCAAGGCAGAAUCUUAUGGGUGAAUAUUAUAAAUAUCACGUCUCCCGUUGAUUUUUGGUUUGUUGAUGUAUGCUGCAUUUACGUAAAAAAAAAAAAAAAAAAAAAAAAAGAUAUAUACAUAUCUUAACAAUGUGAAUUAAAACGGUGUUAUAUAAAACUAGCUGAAAUGUUUGCAUAGAUAAAAACAGAACUGCCAGAUAGUCUUGUUAAUAUUCUGGAGAUAUUUAUGUUGUCGAGCAACGCACAGUUGACUGCACACGUUGAUGUAGACUUUGCCAAACAAUCGUGCGUAAAAGUGUAGCCAGCCACUUUUGGAGCCGCCAUUUGAAAUCACGAAAUGUUACUUAUGCGUCAGAAUGUUCUCUAAAUAUUCUCCAUUUUAAUUUGACCAAAAAUAUCACUUAAAUCAAUUUCAAGCAGAGGGUAAUGUUUAUUGAGGUCAAUGUUAAUUUCUUGGCUGUUUUUGCUUUACGCACCUAUUUGUUUUAACUCCGCCAAUCUGUUAUUUCUGCACACUGACCAGGAAUCUAGAUUAAGAAAAGAAAAAAAUAAAUAAACAAAUGUCCGAACUUCCCUUGAUGUUCCACUUCAAGACAAUGAAAACUUUAAUUGACAUCCAAAACAGCAUUCACCUUGAAAUACUGCUUGUCGUUGAUUUAUAAACCACCUUCGCUGUUUGCUAUAGAAAUACCUUCCGGAAAGUUUUGAUUUUGUUGUUGUUGUCGUUUUUGCUGGCGCACAAAUACAAACACUGUGCUCUUCUUUUUGUUUGUUUUUUGCUUGCAGUUGAAACAGUAUAGCCGCUACUUUGAACAUGACCCUGAUAACCAAAUGCUCACUGAGCCAAACGCUGCGCAGUAAAAGUACCAGAAGAUGAUGACUAAGGCAUCUCCCUAAAAGCAACCUUUAGAAAUAAGCUGCUCUCCCCCUUAGUUCAAUAAAACUCUGCUACAUAUCCCUAAAGUUGCAGACCAUUGAUUUGGUUCCAGUGUUGUUUUCGAGGCUGAGAACAGGCGGCAUAAUUCAUUUUGAGGAGCUGCUUCCUCUGAAAUAAAUUAAAAACUUUUAGGGUUUUAUCAUUUCAUGGUUAAAGGAGCACGUUUAGUUUUUAAACGGUGUUCUACCUGCUGCGUUCAUUCAGAUUCAAAUCUUUUUUCUUUUUUUUUUUUUAAAUAGUCACUAAGCAGUUAAAGAUGUCUUUGUUCUCCUCGGUUGCGUGUUAAGUAAUUCAUUUUAAUCCGGUAUGGUUAUAAACCACCAAUGUCAAGCUUCAGGACACACAGCAGUCAUGUCUCUCACACUCCUACACACUCCUUCCCCUACCGAAGCCUUACACACCCAGAGGAUUGGGCGCACGCACGCAAGCGCGCACGCAGCCGCGCACACAACUGGAGAAAAUCUGUCAAUUCCUGCCGCGUGGUCACGUGGCCUCCUCCUCAGUGGAGUGGAUGGAGAUGGCUCUCCACGUCAGCUUACGUAUCCCAAUUUGUGCUUAGCGAACCUGCUUCAAAGAGGCGAGAGGCACGGCGCUUCAGAGCCAUGUUCGGGGUGGUUAUAGAGGAAUCAAAGCCCAGCACAGACUUGUAGAAGCGGCCGAGCAACAAUGAUGGAUUUUGACGAGAGGGUCCCCGUCGGAUCGAACAUGUACUUACCCAGUUGCACUUACUACGUGUCGGCGGGGACCGAUUUCUCGGGUCUUCCCUCGUUUUUGUCUCAGACCCCUUCCACCCGCCCAAUGACAUACUCCUAUUCCUCUAACCUGCCGCAGGUCCAGCCCGUCAGGGAGGUGACAUUCAGGGACUAUGCGGGUAUCGAAGCGCCCGGUAAGUGGCCGCACCGGGGGAACUUAUCCCAGUGCUACUCGAGCGCGGAAGACAUGGUGCACCGGGAGUGCCUGUCGGCGCAGACCGCCGUCGUGGGUGACAUGUUUGGUAAAAACAGCCCCUACCACCACCACCACCACCACCACCAUCACCACCAUAGCAGCGGGAGCGGAGGAGGUGGCUCUUCGGGUGCUGGCUCCGCCGCCGCCGCCGCAGCCGCCGCUAGCUUCUACGGGAGCGUGGGCAGAAAUGGCGUGCUCCCGCAAGCCUUCGACCAGUUCUACGAAACCGCGUACGGGAACGCGUCGGAGAGUUCGUCGUCGGUGAACACCGCCUUCUCAGGGGACAAAACGCCUGCAAGUAAGCAUCCGGAGCAGACGCCGUCCUGCCGGGACUCCGAGGCAAAGGAGCAGCGAGAUGAGACAAGCAGUCCGGAACUAUCGUCCGGCAACAAUGAGGAGAAAUCCAGCAGCGGCAGCAGCAGCAGUGGACAGAGGACGCGCAAGAAACGAUGUCCCUAUUCCAAAUAUCAAAUACGAGAACUGGAACGAGAAUUCUUUUUCAGCGUGUACAUAAACAAAGAGAAGCGGCUGCAACUGUCGCGGAUGCUCAAUCUCACCGACCGACAAGUCAAGAUCUGGUUUCAGAACCGGCGCAUGAAGGAGAAGAAGCUGAACAGAGACAGGUUACAGUACUACACGUCCAAUCCUCUGCUUUAGGGGGAUCCAGAAAAAAAGAAGGAGAAGCACAUUGCUCCGGUUUCCCCCUCCCCUCCUGGGACUACAUAGGGUUCGUCCACAGACUCACUGACUUCUCCUCGGUGUACUUCGUGUACUAUACCACAGUGGCCGGCGACGGCAGCAAUAACACUGCUGGAUUGUUCAUUUCAAUGUUCGAUGACACGCAGAGUGCGCUGAUAUGAAGUAAGCAUUCAUGGGCCGUGGUUUUGCGCAUCAAACUGAUUUUGAAAAGAAAAAAAUAUAUAUAUAUAUAUACAAACUGUUUUUCUUUUUCUUCUGUGUGCGCUCCAGGUCUCUGUUUUCGGAAAGGGCCAUGUUAUUAGAACCUGUUUGUUCUUAUUUGUCAGGGGGUGAGUGGGGGGAACAGUCAUUAAUUGACUGCUUAAGUGUAUUUUGUAAUCAAAAAAUAAUAUUUUAUUUCUUUUUAUUUUUGUCUGUUGUUUAAAUCAGAAAUGUGCUGGAUUUAAACUUAAGGCGAAUAGGUUGACCUAUUUAGGGAGUCUGGUGGAGCCUACAUUGGUGUGACCAAAUAAUGAGUCCGUAUACGGAUGCGAAUGAUGGUGUUUCUGUUCAUGUUUGUGCUUAUUUAUUUUGUAUGGCCACUCGUUUGCUCCUGUCUCUUUUUAUGCCACGGCUGUCCGAGUCCCAAUCCACGGGCAAGCUGUUGAGAUUCCGCCUCAAACCAGCUAUUCUUAUCUCUGACGGUCGCCUAUGGAAGAAAAGAGGGCUAAUUAUUUAUAUAAUGCGUAUCUUUUAAACGCGUAAAGCCAUGCUGAUGAUCAUAUGCAGGCCAAAACCAGACAGAUAAGCUUUGUCCGCUUGGAUCCGGAGCACUGAGGUGUUCACGCAGGUGUAGCUUAGAGCUUAUCCCUCCAAUCUUUGGACUUCUAUGCAUCCUUUUUAUGACCUUGUUUUUGCUAAAUCCAGGAAAUGUGUUGAACAUUUGACUAUAGAUCCCGUCCAAAUUGUUUCUACACAAACGGAGACAUUAAAUGUCAAAAUUGAUUCGCCAAUUAGAACGCCUUUUCAACCAAAUAGAAACGCCACGAUACAUUUGGUUGAGCGUUCAAAAGUUUUUUUAAAAAAAAAAGAUUGUCAAGCUUUCAACAUAUAUGGCUAUUGAAGUCUUCAUCUUUAUUUAACAAAGAUAAAUACUACAAAUUGAGGGGGAGUGGAUCAGCCCAUGGGUCAUGUCUAAAUUUUUCCUGUAUAAAGAUGUUGAAUGUCAUAAUUGGUUUGCCCAUUAUACCCACAUUUAGACAUCAGCAGACGCAUAGACGUCUUUCCGUCUUUGACUUUUUAAACCACAUUUUCUGUUGUUGUCUAGUCAGAACGCAAGUCGAGAAGAGUUUGCGAGGGGACAUUCUGCUGCAGAAAAGUAACAACCUCAUUGUCACUUUUUAUAUAAUGCGUUUGAUUGUGUUUUCAAAUAAUAAUAAUAAUAAAAAAACAGCCUGCGCAGCUUUUUUCACCUUUUACCAAACAUGGCUAUUCGUCCUUGUUUUUCUUUUGUCCAGCGAAGGAUACGGAAAUGUGGAUUAAAACAAACAAACAAAAAAAACCUCUCAGAGCUUCCAUUUAAAUUAAACCUACAUACAGACAUUAAAUGUCACAAUUGGUUAGAACCACGCUUAAACCACAUUUAUACUCCAAUAAACGUCUUUAAUAAAACGCAUUUUCACAUUUCUAAAUUAUAAUUGCAUUUGUUUUUUUACUUGCAGUCAGAAUGCGGACCCCCACCCCCCUGUUUUUAAUUGAUCAUUUCUUUUGUUGAAGAGAUUCUGCUGCAAAAAACGUCUUGACGUCAUUCUCACUUUGAGGCUUUACAUUACUUUUCCUUUCAAAUUCAUUUUUAAUAUCACCAUUCGUGCAGCUUAAAUCCACCUUUCACCAAAUCUUCUUCUUAACACCCAGAGGAAUAUGUCAGAAAUGUGACACUCGGCUUAUCUCGUCUAUAUUUAGCCUAAACAAAGACACUGAACGUCAGUCUCGAUGAGCCUAUUUGAUCCAAGCAGAUUUUUUUAUCCACAUUUGGACACCAGGAGACAUCUUUAUGUUGAUGCGCUGACAUUUUACGAUGCACUGAUCGAAGGCAAAGGCACAUUCUCUGGAAUUUAGCACGAGAGGGAUUUUGGUGGUGCUGUUGGUUUUACGUGCACACGUACUCACGAAGGAAUCGUGACAAGAAACAUUUUUCGCGUGCGCACUGAUUGCAGCGUCAGCCAGGGUCAUGGCAGUGAAGCAGUUGCUUUUGAUAUGAGCCAAAAAAUAUUUUUGUAAUAUGCCACAUUUUCAAAUAACUUUAACAAUAGUUUGGUCAUGCUUAAAAUGCGUUCGGUCUCAGUAGCUGUUUCCCUUUUCUUUUUUUUUUUUCAAAAGUUGGAUUUUGUCUCGUAAAUGUAUUCUAAAUAAACACAUUGAAACUUAGGCUCAGUUGGCCCAUUUAAAUCGCCUCUCCAACACGAUAUACAUACAUGUGGAAAUAAACAGGUCUUGAUGUAGGCGUCUUUUCAACGAUUUCCUCGAGCUAUUUAGACGGAGUGCUACUUUGUCUUUUCUUUGUCUAAUUAACAUAUCUUUGCCCAGGGGAUUUGGUCUGCUGUUCGCAACAUGUUUGUUUCCAAGAAUCGUGAUCCUUGCGCUUUCAUAAAAGUGCUCAAUUGCUUGGAUCAACUGCUUUGGAAGGCCCAAAUUGUGUAUUAUAUUAUAUUUCUUAAAUAUAAGGAAGAAAGGAAAACAAAACGAUAAAACCAAAAUGAAACGCUGACUGAAAAUAGCAUUGAUAUCAGUUUAAAUCCUGUUUGCUUAAUGCCCACAUGCUACUUUUCUUUGUUGAAAGCUGGCUCUCGUCUCGAUGGAUCACAUGCGCGCAUGUAAAACUUUUUACGCACCCAAGAUCAAGAUAUUAAACGCACACUCGCAGAAAAAAAAAAAAAGACAAAAUUUUUUUUUGCGGCAAUCAGGUGUCUUUGCGCGCAGCAAACAAUUGAAGGGAGUCACAUGUUAAAACUUAGGUCUCUCAAAUGCAAUUUGGGAGCAGUCCAAACACACAAACACACACAUACUCCCUAGCUUGGACGAGCUCAAGCAAAAAAGGAUGACAGUUUGUUUGAGAUAUUUGUGUCAUUUAUCACAAACAGUGUUUACUUGUCGACUUUAAAUAAAUUGAAACGGUGGAA